GGAAUGCGGGCAGCCACGUGAUGCGGAAGCCAUGUCAAUGCCGGAGGACCCUUGGCCGACCGAAGCGAACUGCUAACUCCAAGACUUUCCUCUUUCGUCCAACUUACACCAUCAUGUUUCCUCUGCACAACGAUGGCAAUCUGGAUGGCAUCAUAGUAGGGACGGAGAGAUGCAAUGGAACCCCUUUUCCGACGCAACUUGGUCUAGCCUUUGCAUCUCCCUCAUCCAUUGCUGUUUUUGACGAUCCAUGGUCAGUCGUUGGUUAACCCAUCACGCCUAUUCACUCGCUUGGGAUAAAUACCAAUGUCACCCACCUCCUCUGCUCAGUUGGCACUCGACAAUCCGCAUCACCCAAACUUGGCAUAUCGCAAAGGUUACGGGAAGAAGAAGGAGUAUCCGCUGCUCCUCGUCGGUUGGGUCUUCAUCAUUCACAAUUGCAGUGCAGGCCAGUCACUAUGACCGAGACUCCAAGCAGGAAGAAAAGUCUACAUCUGGGCUUACCAAGGGUCUUCAUCGCACCACCAUCGAAUGUGACCGCCACGGCCUCUCUGUUUCUUCGCCGCGAAUAUCAAUCGAAUUUCUUUCCACUGGGCGACAACACCAUCAGCUUCGGUCAAGCGCAUCUCGCUUCGUUGCCAAGUGGCCCGGCGUAUGCAAAAGGCUAGACGGCGCAAAGCGGAUUGGAAUGCUAUAUGGGCAAGUCCAGUUGCAGGGACGAGUGUUGUUUCAGAACUCCAAUGCCGGGGCGAAUGCGUACGAUAUGCUUGAACAUGCCCGGUUCAGUGCGGUGUGGGAUAUUUCGAACAAACACAGUCUUCCAGUAGACAGGAGAAAGGUCUCUUGGAACUCUUCGCAGAGCGUGGAAAGGGGACGCAGUGAUAUAUAUCCGUGUACCUAUCAGCAAGGCUGCAAACACAAUGUACUCUUUCAGAGGGGAAGAAGAGGCCAGAACGACGUUCAUAAUGCACCCCCGUGACAUAAGAGGUUCGGUUCUCGUCAUGUUUCUUGUUGCUAAAAAAAUGCGGUACUAAGAGUCCAGAUAUAGAACGAAAGACGAGUGGCAUUCCAGUCAAGUUCAACAUCCCGCUCAGCUGGAAACCCUUUCCACCUAUGUACUACUUGAGGACUUUUAGCCAGUCUUUUCACGCUUGAUGCGGC